AUGACAAACAAAUAUCAUAUAUCCAUUUUUUCGAUAAUCUUGCUUUUCAGUUCACUUAUCAACGCUGAAUUUGGACUUAUUGCUCGUCAUCCUGGUACAAUACUUGAAGGUCGGGCAUUAACUGUCAAUGCAAAUAGAAGAAUUACAUUCGGUUCUGGCCCUGCCUUUAGAGGCAAUCAAGUGAAUGGCUUCAUAUCUUGUGCUGACACCCCUGGUGAAUACUUAGGCAUUUCUGGUGGCCAAAUAAUUUGUGCACCAACUCCAUUUCCAGGUUUUUCUAUUCGAGUACCUCAAGGUUCUUCUUCUCCUUUCUUGUUUUUUAAUGGCCAACUUCCUUUUUUCUUUCAACUUAAUGAUGGUGUUUGGGGCUUAAAUGCUGGCGGUAACUAUUCUCUUCCAUCUUUACUUUUUAAGAGAGAAGAAGCUCCAAUUGGUGUCAAUUUAGAAGUAGUAGGUGAUUAUACUCCAAUCACCUCAUCAUCAGAUACACCAACUGAUUCUGACAAACCAACAGAUUCUGACAAACCAACAGAUUCUGACAAACCAACUGGUAAGCCAACAGACAAACCUGGUUAUACAAUCAUUACCAAAACCAAAACAAUUGAAACCACUUAUACCAAAGUUUUUACUCAUUGUGAUAACAAAUACUACUGCAAACCAACAACCACUUAUUCACCUUAUUAUACCAAAACCGCUUAUUAUACCUAUAGUCCAAUUCCUCAAAUUAAGACAGUUACUGUCACAAUUACCGAACCUGGUAUUUACCCAACUCAUAUCAAGACCGUUGAUAAAGAUGGAGCUGAGUCAACCAUUACAACCGGUUAUUCAGUUGUUACAGAGACUCAAGAAAACAAAGUCACCAAAUAUACCAAAUACGUUCCAAUCGUUAAAACAGUUACUACCACCGUUACUCCUGAUGGAAUUGAUACCCAAUAUCCAGUUGAAACUGAUGCUGAAUAUGUAACUGAAGCCUCUACAAAGGUCCCAGAAGAAGAUAAAACAGAAGCAACAGAUGACACUACCCCCAAAGAUACCAACAAACCAUACCCAACUGUUAAAACUGUUACUGUAUAUGCUUCAUCCUCCACCUUACUUACAACUACUAAUAAUGAAGGUCACAAGACUGUCUAUCCAACAGGUGUCAAUGUUUAUACCCUUACCUCUGGCAAGAAAGAGGUCUUAUAUACCACAUACUGCCCUAUCACUACCGUCGUCACAAAAACUGUUACUAUCUAUCCAGGUGGUGUCACUGAAGCUCCAGAUUAUGAUGAUAGCUUUAUCUAUGGAUACACUCCCCCUGUUGUCACUGAAAAAGAUGAUGAACAAUGGAUCACCGCUACCAUGACACUCGACGGCCAUGUUUACACCGUCUCGUGGAUUUAUACUGAAACAGUCGGUAUUCCAACCACCACAGCAGCAACUGGAACCAAAGAAGAAGAAUGGGUGACUGCUACAAUGACACUCGAGGGCCAUGUUUACACUGUCUCAUGGAUCUUUACUGAUACAAAUGGCUAUCCAAUCUCUCAAACCAUCAACUACACACCAACCGAAACCAAGCAUGAAACCAAACCUACUGAGAAAUCCGAGGAGAAAUCCGAGGAGAACUCUACAGAAUCACCUAUAAAAAAACCUAGUUCAAAACCAACCACCAACCCGGAAUACAUUACCAAAACAACAUUAGAGACAACCACUUUCAUUCCAACUGGCUCAAAAACACAUAACUCUUCAUUGCACUCUACUAGCGGUGGUGGACAUUAUAACCAUUCCAAAAGAGAUGCUGGAGUAGACUAUUCAGAUUCAGCCUACAGUCUUACAGCUAGCUACACCAUGACAUUGAUAUGUUUUAUUGGUUUCGGUUUUAUAUUGUUUUGA